AUGAAAAAUCAGUCAAUGGAACUUGACUUCAUUCUUUUGGGAUUGACAGAUGACCCACAAUUGCAAAUUGUGGUUUUUCUGUUUCUCUUUCUCAAUUAUGUGAUGAGCCUGNUGGGGAACUUAAUCAUUGUGCUUCUCACCCUGCUGGACCCUCGCCUCAAAACCCCAAUGUAUUUCUUUCUNCGUAAUUUCUCCUUUUUGGAAAUCAUGUUCACAACAGUGUGUAUUCCCAGAUUCUUGACGACCAUUGUGACUGGAGACAAAACUAUUUCUUAUAAUAAUUGUGCAGCUCAGUUGUUUUUCAUUCUUUUGCUGGGAGUCACAGAAUUUUAUCUCCUGGCUGCCAUGUCCUAUGACCGCUAUGUUGCCAUCUGCAGACCACUGCACUACCCUAUCAUCAUGAACAGCAAAGUGUGCCACCAACUCGUCCUCAGCUCCUGGGUGACUGGGUUCUUGAUCAUCUUUCCCCCAUUGGCCAUGGGUCUGAAGCUGGAU